AUGGCUCCUACUCUCAACAAGCAAACAGUUACUCUAAACGAUGGAAGUAAGCUUCCAGUUGUCGGCUAUGGCACCUAUGCUGUCACUGACGAGACCAAUGGUUACGAUGCUUUGUUGGAGGCCUUGAAGAAAGGAUACAGACACAUUGACACGGCCUUUAUUUACAACAACGAAGAAGUCGUUGGAAAGGCUGUCAAAGACAGUGGAAUUCCUAGAGAUGAAAUCUUUAUUGUUACCAAGAUUUGGAACAAUGACCACCAGGACCCCGCUCAUGCCCUUGAGAGAAGUCUUAGAUUAAUGGAACUGGACUAUGUUGACUUGCUAUUGAUCCACUGGCCUGUUCCUCAAAAGGCAGAAGGUGGUGAGACUGUUGUAGACAAAGAAUGGAGUCACGUUAAAACUUGGCAAUUGUUACAAGAACUCCCUCGGGAAAAGGUGAGAUCAAUUGGUGUUUCUAACUAUGACACUGUACUUCUUGAAGAGCUACUCAACGCUCCCAGCACCAAGGUUCUUCCCUCAGUUAACCAGGUUGAAUUACAUCCUUAUCUUCCGCAAGAUAAACUUCGCGACUAUUGCCAAAAAAAGAAAAUUGUUCUUGAAGCCUAUUGCCCAUUGGGUUCAGGAGCUAAGUUACUAGAAAAUCCUCUUCUCAAAGAAUUGGCUGAAAAGUAUGAAGCCACUCCCGCUCAAAUUGCGUUGUCCUGGGGUAUUUCUCGCGGAUACGUAGUAUUGACCAAAAGCUCUACUCCUUCAAGAAUAGAGUCCAAUAUUCAGACCGUCGAGCUCUCUCCUGAGGACAUCACUAAGAUUACUAAUCUUUCUAAAACCCAUCCUCAUCGUAUCGUAGUUCCUACUUGGGCCAAGGGUGUCACUUUUCACGAUGAUGACUUUUAA